GUAAAUGAUUAAACAUCUUUUCUUUUUAAGUUCAAAACAGUUCGAAUCUCGAACCAAAGCUGUAACAUUCCACUAAAUCAGCAACAUGUCUUCAUUCUCUAGACUUGUUAGAUUUCUAGCAAAAGACGGUAGAACGUACUAUGGCGAUGCAAUUCUUCCACAUGGAGUCACAGACAUUGCAAAAGCCAAGCAAGCCAAGAUUAUUAAAGGUCAAAUAUUUGGCAAGCACGAUGUUACAGACCAAGUUGCAGACAUCCGACUUCUGCUCGCUCCUUUAGCUCUUGAAGAUGUAAAUACUGUGAGAUGCCUUGGAUUAAAUUAUGAACAGCAUGCAAAAGAGUCGAAUAUGCCAAUUCCAAAAUACCCCGUGCUUUUUUACAAACCUAUCACCUCAAUCGCAGGUCCCACAGACCCCAUUCCAAUCCAUCCCCUAGCCCAGCAAGGCACUGGCCUUGACUACGAAUGCGAACUCGUAGCCAUAAUCGGAAAACCCUGCGCCGACGUUCCCGAAUCCAAAGCCUUAGACUAUGUCCUUGGCUACUCUGUUGGGAACGACGUUUCACAUCGAGACUGGCAAAUCAAGCACGGCGGCGGCCAAUGGGCUCUCGGCAAAGGCUUCGAUGGCUGGGCUCCUUUCGGUCCCGGAAUUGUAUCUUCAAAACUCAUAUCUGAUCCUCAGAAUUUGCAGAUUUGGACGAAGUUGAAUGGGAAAGUGAUGCAAGAGAGUAGUACGAAAGAUAUGAUCUUUGGUGUGGCGAAGACGAUUGCAUUUUUGAGCCAAGGAACGACUUUAUUACCUGGAGAUAUGAUUUUCACGGGUACACCGCAAGGUGUUGGGAUGGGAAGAAAACCACAAGUUUGGUUGAAAGAUGGGGAUGUGGUUGAAGUUGGACUUGAGGGUGUGGGGACUUGUACAAAUCAGGUGGAGUUUAUAAAGGCGAAGUCGAAGCUGUAAAAAAUCCCUUGUACGGCUCCGAAUAAGAGGUUCUAACCCGCUAAUGUACCUACCACUGAUGUAAAGCCACCCAAAGAUCUUUGUUGCACAUCGCAUGGGGUACAAUUGUUUAUCCGGACGUACCCCUGAAGUAAGGCUGCCAAUCUCUUUUUUGCACAUCGCACCUCCGGGCAAAUGUUUUGCCAAACUUCGG